GGCUUCUGGGUAGUCCGGCCCUGUUGGAACUGUUGGUUUGUCGCCAUUCAAAUCCUCCUUUGGCCGCUGUUGCAGGCGAACAGGCAUGUUUUCGACACCCUUCCGCUUUAGAAUCUCGUCUAUAUGUGUGUCAGUGAUGAGUCCUCCAUGUUGUUUUACCUCUCCCAGGAUCUCUUCUUCCAACACGGCACCACCAGCGGUUUGUGCAACCGUCAUCCAAGCCUGUCCCAGAUACGUAUAUCUGGUCUGGCGGAAAAAGAACCAUAGAACGAUGCCGAUCAUAAUAAAAUGGCAUAUCACCAUGCCUAGCACGACGAAGAAACCCCAUGCUUGCAUCGGUCGAUUGACAAUCUUGAAAUCUGCACGUUGCACGACAGAACGGGCGUCGAACUCCGGCAGCUUGAGGUAGUAGACAUUCGCAGCCAUGACCGUACAUAGACUCUGCAAUGCAAAAGCGACCGA